AUUCAAUACGUAGCUCCCAAACUCAGAAUUGCCAGAACCGCCAGUCUGGUCGAACUAUGGGGUACACAGGUCCCUGAAAAAUUGGGCCCUGUGAUUUCAUGAUGAGUUCAAGAUCUCAAUUGCCCCUUGACGUCAGUGACGUCAGAUAUAUGUUCGAAUUGAAUGAUAUAUACUUGCGUAUAAUAUCUAGUAGACUUAUAAAUCUCAACUGAACAUCUUCUAGUGAAACUUGCAUUAGAACCAAUACAGCCACCUCAACAGAAAUAGACAAAAUGGCAUCAUCAUCCGAGACUCUGCGUAAGAUCGCCGACCAGGCGGAGCGAGAUUUGAACACCUACGGCGCUAAGACCGGCACUCAAAAGAGCUCUUCAUACGAUAACGCCGGGGUUGAUACGAGAGCUGAGAAGAAGUUUCCUGGUGCCGAAGUGCGGUACGGCACGGACGUAUCCACUAACGCCGGCUACAACAGACGAAUCCCGCCCGAGGAGGGCGGUGACGUAGAUGCCCGCGGACGACAAACCCGCGGAGAGCACUUCGAAGGCAUAGGAGGUCCACAAGAGAAAGUAGCCAGACAAGCCCGAGACUUCGGCGGCAACAACGAAUUCGACCCGGCCGGAAGCAACCGGCGCGAAGUCGGGUCCAGCGUCUCGGACCCGACGGUGGGGUAUAACCGGAGCGAGGCGAUGAACCAGGGCAAGGAGGCUGCGCGAGCUAACGUCGAGGGCGCGAAGGGUAAGCCGCGCAAGCAGUUCAAGGGGUCGAAUUACUUUACUCCGGAGAGUGUGCCCGGCAGCAUUUCCGCGGAGGGAUACGAACCCCCUGAGAGUAUUACGCAUGGCUCGAGGGAGGCGGAGGGGUAUGAGGGUAGGUAAAGAUGCGAUUGGUUUUAAAAGGGCGGGGAUGGUUCGGAGAUGGAUUGGUAUAUGCUCGAAUUAUGUAGCUCUAUCUGAAUGAACCGUCUCGUCACGAAGAUUUUUUUGUCUAAGCUGUUACGGGAUGUUGUAGCAGCUUGUCAUGCAGCCGCUGCCUGUUAUAGAAGUUGGGUCUCCGUGGCUGCCGUAGUGGCGGGAUCUGCAUAAGUUAUAGGCAUCUUCUGCAUGAUCAUUUUGAUG